CUCAGGUGGCGAACGGCGUGGGAAAGUCAAGUGUUUCCUGAGAUUUUCAGUAGCAACAAAUUGUGUUUCGGGUGUAACCUGCUGGUAUUCAAAUCCACCAGCAUGGAGGAAUCCAAAAUUCAAUCAUUUGAUGAGGAAACCCAGAAAUUAUUAAAAUCUGCUCUGAAAGAACCGAAUAAAGUGGAUCUAGAGAUACUCUCCAAAGCCAUUGUGGACAAAUCAAUGAAGGACAUCUUCAUCUGUAAAGAUGCUGGCCCUGUCUGCUAUGCCAUUGUUCAGACAGAGGCAAAGCAGUGUAACACAUCUGUAUUUCGACGAAAACUUCUAACCCGACUGCAGCAAGAGUUUAGCGCGAGGGAGGAGACUCGCAAACGUUCAAUACAGGAAUGGGUCUGUGUUGUUACAUUCAUCUGUAACAUAUUUGAUUACCUCAAGGUGAAUAAUGAACCAAUGGUGGCUCUUGUGGACCCAAUUUAUGACUGUCUGUUCAGGCUGGCAAGACCUGAUGCCUUGUUAAAUGAUGAAGAGGUGAACUGUCUGGUGGUACAGCUGCACCGUGUGGGAGAGCAGCUGGAGAGGAUGAACUCUCAGCGGAUGGACGAGCUGUUUUAUUUACUGCGCGAUGGUUUCCUGCUGCAGGAGAGCCUCAGUUCCAUGACCAGACUUCAGCUCCUGGAGAUUCUGGAGUUCAGAGCAAGCGGCUGGACACUCACUGACACAGCCCAGCACUACUACUACAGUGAAGUGGUUGACUGAAUCAUCAGCCCUGAAUGGUUGAAGAGUCUCUGGGUGUAUUAAAUCAUUCAGUGUCAAAUUCAGCUAGUAAGUUUGGGAAGAGUGGAGGGGAGAGGUAGCCUAAGUGGCACCUGUGCUAUAUUUGCACCAGACAUACAGCCCGAAGGAUGUGAGAAGACGUGGAAAGUGUAGACAGCAUGUGUUCUAAUGUGUUUGCAUAAGUAGUGUUCAAAGUUGAAGUAAGUUCCAAAUGGUGGUCUCAUUACCAAUAGAUUUGGUUUUGUUUCAAUGUCCUGAUGCCCCCACACGACCAUGCACGCGACGAGUGGAUGGGUAGUGAGCAUACGGGAUAACGCUCUGACUCUCACCGUACUCCGUGUUACUUAACAGGGUUGCCUCUCUUUGGUGACAGGAGUGCAUACGUCAGCAGAAAAUAAACAGUUUCAUCGCAGACAGUAUCAGUGUGUUGCAUCCUUGUUGGAGAGGGUCACUCUUAUCCA